GUAAAUGCAAUGGACGCGCUGUCAAGCUAUUUGCAUUGCUACUGACAGGCACGCCCCGCGUCGACGCGUCUAAGGGCGAGUCGUGUGCUCCCCUCCGCCGUGCCAGGUCAGAAAAAGUUUGGAGAGAAGGAGGAUGAGGCUCGCUGAGAGUCCGGUUGAGUAAGACUGUGCUUGCAGACAGCUCAGCAACCCAUUUCGCAGCAGGAGGAAGUUUUGUAAAUCUGUGAAUUGCAGAAUCAAAACCUCGACGCAAUAUGCAAGUGGCCGCUCAAAAAGUUAUGACGACUGGGUUCCGGCUGGAUUUUGCGCCUCUGAAAGAGCCGCUGGCCUUCAUCAGGUGCUUGCAAUGGAUCUUUGCUAUAUUUGCGUUUGCCACCACCGGAGGGUACACGGGACAGACCGCGGCUUCUGUGAAGUGCACCGGGAAGACCGUGGCCGACAACGUAACAGUGCACUUCGCUUACCCGUUCAGGUUGAACCUCGUCAAGUACGAGGCCCCGCUCUGCAACAACGUGUCCGGCUCUGAAACCCUGUACCUGUCUGGAGAUUUCUCCUCCUCCGCGGAGUUCUUCACCACCAUCGGAGUCUUCGCCUUCCUUUACUGCACUGGGGUGCUCAUCAUCUACCUGGGGUUCCAGCAGCGCUAUCGAGAGAGCAGCAGGGGGCCCGUGAUUGAUUUGGUCGUGACGGGGGUCUUUGCCUUCAUGUGGCUGGUGUCAUCCUCGGCUUGGGCUAAAGGACUGACGAACGUCAAGACGUCAGUGAGCCCCAACAGCAUCAUCCAGGCCAUAGCCGUGUGCAAGGGCUCUGUGGUGUGUACCGCAGGGGCCGUGCCUGCCAUGGGCCGGCUCAACGUCUCUGUGAUCUUUGGUUUCCUGAAUCUGAUACUGUGGGGAGGGAGCGCCUGGUUUGUGUACAAGGAGACCCCCUGGCACAAACCAGCCAAUCCACAAGGAUCUGUGGAGGAAGGAGCCAAUCAGAACUAACUGCACAUUGUGACGUCACUCCUGUCCUGUCUGCCAAUCACAGCGCAACCUGUUUUUUGUUUUUUUUCUUUUUAAUCCUUUUACAUACAAGAGAAAUAGUAGAAUAUCAAACACACAUCUCCUCAGCACCCUUUGAGUUUAACAUUCAACUCAAGCCUGGAUUGCACCAAUGUUAGCGUUACUGUAGACACAGCAGAAUUAAACAGGGUGUCUAAGUGGUGCCAGUGUCAUUUUUAUAAAUCUAUGAUCCGGUUACAUUUGAUUCUUGCCAGUAAACUUGCAGGACGAUAGGGUGGGGACAGCAGCUGACAUUGAUAAGCUAUGAACAGUCUCUAGCACUUGCUGCAUUCAGACAGUACUGGCACCCGGGUGUGGCUAUGUUCCAAAGCACAAUGCCAUAGACGUCUGUGUGAGGUUGUGAGGCACAGCUCUUAAUGAAGCAGGCAGGUACAAGGGCUUUAGGUCUGUGCUUAUUGAGCCGUGACAGACGAGAACCGGGUUAAGAUGUCGGGCUGAUCCUGCUGGAGAAACGCAUCUACUGCAGUCCAGAGACAAACUGGAAGUCUUGUAGUUAAGAUCGUAAUCCGCGUAGUGCACUGUACUCACUGUUAUCAUGACAGUACAUUACACUCCAUCACUAGCCAAUCAGAAGCGAGGGACACAGCAAUGGAGAGGCGGUGACAUCGUGUUUAACCGCAAACUAAAGAAACUCCAUUCAACGUGGGAUCUACUUUUACUCCAGACUUCACUGAAGGGGUUGCGUUAGGGAUUCUAGAUUUAGCACUGCUGGGGUUUAAUAGCUGAGGGGUGAAACUGCCAGCGGGAGAUGAGAGUGACCGCUGUAUUGUUUUGUAAGGUGAGAGUGUUUUUUGCUUCUAUGGUUUGGGGUUAUUUUACGAGUUUUGUUUUUAAACCUUGCUUGCUAGGGCAGGGUCAAAAUAAAUCUAACAAAUAUUUGUUUUAAAAUUAAGUCACAAUAACAUUUAAUGUUUCGUUUUGGUAGCCAUACACACAGCAAGCCGUUUUCAAGUAUGUUUUCGAAGACCUGUCGGUUCUAGUUGUUCAUGUGGGGAUGAGUGCUUGCUGGGUUUCCAGUGUCUGUAUGCAACACUGCCCAAAUUAGUAUGGAAUAUAAUUAUUGUACAGGUCUAUGGGGGCGGGGGGAAUUUGGGGAGAAUAUGACAAUCAGUUACUGUAUAUUUGAAAGGAUGGGUCAUAAAUUCUUGUUUUGUUUUGUUAAGUCCAUGGUACUGAACUGUGCCUGUGCAUGGGCAGUGCUGUAUUAAACAGGACUGGGGAAGUCA